CCUCCUCCCUCCUCGUCUCCCCGCCCGCCUGCAACACAAGGAGGCUUCUUUGGCCGCGCUGCGCUCUGAUCAACUGAGCAUCCACUGCGCCUCCAAAUUGGUUUGUCAUUCCUGACCCCGCUGUGUCUGUCCUCUACGGUCCCUUGCUCUGUUGCUCCUUCAGCAGGAGUCAAUGAGGACAUAAAGACCAGAGCGAGAAUAAAGGGGAGGAAGGGGUCCGGACUGACGGAUAGGGAGAGAGACAUCUUCCUCCGGGCUUCAGCGCAUUUCAGUCUUUGCGUCUCGGGAUAACUUGCCCUCCGCUGUCGUCUUUUGGGGACCGUUCGUGGCCGACGUGUGGCGACACGUAGGGACCUCUAUUUGUCAACACCGUCCCCAUAUUGGGACUGGAUGAACCAGCGAAGAGAGAGGUGAAUUUGGAUGCGCCUGCAUCGCUGCGACAGCUGCGAAGGACAAGGGAUGUCCAGUUUCCUCUGAGAUGUGAUUCCUUGGGGGUUUAAAUCAUCUGGAAAAAAAGAAGAAACGCAAACAGCGCCUGGUUCCCGCUUCCCCAGCGUCACCCACGCAUCAUGGCCUUGCACCUCCACUCACACACAGGAGGGCUUUACUGAGUUGGAUGAACUUUCCGUGGCAGGCGAACUGGAGGUCUAUAUGGUGUUUCUAUCAAGUCGCAGGACCAGCUGCGUGUCACAACUUUCCUGAGGAUCAACGGGAAGUACCCUCAUCUACUUCCAGGUUUACCUUUGACGUCAUGUGGACCAGAUGCCUACUUUUCGUCUCGGUCUUGUUUGCUCCGUUGGCCAUUGCCUCCCGAAGCGCUCCCAUCCCCAUGGCAGUGGUACGCAGGGAGCUAUCAUGUGAGUCGUACCCCAUCGAACUUCGUUGCCCUGGCACGGACGUCAUCAUGAUUGAGAGCGCCAACUAUGGCCGCACUGACGACAAGAUUUGUGAUUCGGAUCCAGCCCAGAUGGAGAACACCAGGUGUUAUCUACCUGACGCCUACAAGAUCAUGUCGCUGAGAUGCAACAACCGCACCCAGUGCGCAGUAGUUGCAGGUCCGGAUGUCUUUCCAGAUCCCUGCCCUGGCACCUACAAAUACCUGGAAGUGCAGUAUGAGUGUGUUCCGUACAAAGUGGAACAGAAAGUUUUCUUGUGCCCGGGGAUUCUGAGAGGGGUUUACCAAAGCGAGCAUCUCUUUGAAUCCGACCACCAGUCUGGAGCCUGGUGUAAAGACCCCCUACAUGCCUCUGACAAGAUCUACUACAUGCCCUGGACUCCAUACCGCACCGACACGCUGACUGAGUACUCAUCAAAGGAGGACUUCAUUGCUGGUCGACCCACCACUACUUACAAGCUCCCACAUCGCGUGGAUGGCACUGGCUUCGUCGUGUAUGACGGCGCUCUAUUUUUUAACAAGGAACGCACCCGCAACAUCGUGAAGUUUGACCUGCGCACACGAAUUAAGAGCGGAGAGGCCAUUAUUGCGAGCGCCAACUAUCAUGACACUUCGCCGUACCGCUGGGGGGGCAAGUCGGACAUCGACUUAGCUGUGGACGAGAACGGGCUGUGGGUAAUCUACGCUACGGAGCAGAACAAUGGUCGGAUUGUGGUGAGUCAACUUAACCCCUACACGCUCCGCAUCGAGGGCUCCUGGGACACGAGCUACGAUAAACGCUCCGCCUCCAACGCCUUCAUGAUCUGUGGAGUCCUUUAUGUUGUGAAGACGGUCUAUGAGGACGAUGACAAUGAAGGGACGGGGAACAAGAUAGAUUAUAUGUACAGCACCGACAAGAGCAAGGAGAUGACUGUGAACAUCCCAUUCCCAAAUUCCUACCAGUACAUUGCUGCAGUGGAUUACAAUCCCCGGGACAACCUGCUCUAUGUUUGGAAUAACUAUCACGUCGUCAAGUAUUCACUGGAUUUUGGCAACAACGAUUACCGCUCUCCCCUGAUCCCGCCGAAUCGAGGAGGCGCAGCAGGUCCGCCGUAUGCUGGAGGUGGCUCCUCGUCAUCCUCAACCAGCCGCACCACCACCCGUUCACCGCCCUACUACACGACUCCUCGUCCCCUCCUCACAACGUCUCCCGGCCAGCGUUACCGUACCACGACGACGGUCCGCCAGCCCCCAGUCAUUCCUGCCGGGGGUUCAUCAUCUGAUACCAAUCAGAUCCCGGACACCAACCAGAAAGCGGGACGUUAUCCACCAGUGCAGGUCCCUCCAGCCGCCCCUCAGCCCCCUGCUCUUCCUCCGCAGGACUUCUGCAUUCCUCGGGUGACCGCAGACAUAUCGUGGCCCAGAACUCAGCAGGGCCAGACAGCCAAGCAACCGUGCCCAGUAGGAACAUUGGGCGUGGCCACAUACAUGUGCAUGGCCCAUCUUGGCCACUGGGAUACUGAAGGCCCUGAUCUCAGCAACUGCACGUCGCCUUGGGUUAACCACAUCAUGCAGAAACUCCGGUCAGGUGAAACAGCAGCGAUCGUUGCCAGGGAGCUGGCAGAGCAGACUAAAGGGCUCCUGCGUCCUGGAGAUGUGCCAUCAACAGUGCGGGCGAUGGCCCAACUGGUCGAACUGCUCGAUGUCCAGCUCAGAAACCUCACCCCCGGAGGCAAGGACAGCGCUGCCCGCAGCCUCACCAAGCUUCAGAAGAGAGAAAGGUCCUGCAGGUUUUUCACACAGGCGAUGGUGGAGACGGUGAAUAAUCUGCUGCAGCCACGAGCCCAGUCCGCCUGGAGAGGCCUGUCCACCAGCGAGCAGCUACAUUCUGCCACGCUUCUGCUGGACACCGUGGAGACUGGAGCCUUCAUGCUCGCUGACAACCUCCUCAAGACGGACACCGUGCAGGAGACAACAGAACACAUCCAGCUGGAAGUGGCCAGGCUGAGCACAGAUGGCAACCUCGCCGACUUGUAUUUCCCUCAGUCAGAACUACAUGGAAACUCCAUCCAGCUAUCAGCCAGCACUCUCAAACAGCACGGCAAAAAUGGUGAGAUCAGGAUGGCCUUUGUGCUGUACAGAAACCUGGGAGCCUAUUUGUCCACAGAGAAUGCCAGCGUCAAGCUUGGCCACGACGCUCUGUACCCCAACUACUCUGUGAUUGUUAACUCCCCAGUCAUCACAGUGUCCAUCAACAAGGAGAGUAACAAGGUCUACCUGUCGGAGCCGGUGGUUUUCACAGUCAAACAUUUGCAGCAUUCGGAAGAAAAUUUCAAUCCCAACUGUUCGUUCUGGAGCUACUCCAAACGCACCAUGACUGGAUUCUGGUCGACGCAGGACUGUCGUCUGUUGGGCACCAAUCGGACACACACCAGCUGCUCCUGCACCCACCUCACCAGCUUUGCAGUUCUCAUGGCUCAUGUGGAAGUCAAGAAAGCGGACAGCAUGCACGACCUGCUGCUGGACGUGAUCACAUGGGUCGGGAUCCUGCUGUCGCUGGUCUGCCUGCUCAUCUGCAUCUUCACCUUUUGCUUCUUCCGUGGGCUGCAGAGUGACCGCAAUACCAUUCAUAAGAACCUCUGCAUCAGCCUCUUUAUUGCUGAGUCACUCUUCCUGGUGGGGAUCAACAGGGCGGAUCAACCGAUUGCCUGCGCAGUCUUCGCAGCUUUGCUCCAUUUCUUCUUCUUGGCAGCCUUUACCUGGAUGUUCCUGGAGGGGGUGCAGCUCUACAUCAUGCUGGUGGAGGUGUUCGAGAGUGAGCACUCCAGGACUAAGUACUUCUACUUGGCAGGAUACGGAGUGCCUGCUGUCAUUGUGGCGGUGUCCGCCGCCGUGGACUACAGGAGCUACGGCACAGACCGAGUUUGCUGGCUACGAUUGGACACCUACUUUAUCUGGAGCUUCAUAGGUCCAGCCACACUCAUCAUUAUGCUCAAUGUUAUCUUCCUUGGCAUCGCUCUUUAUAAGAUGUUUCAUCAUACUGCGAUUCUUAAACCAGACUCUGGCUGUCUGGACAACAUCAAGUCCUGGGUGAUCGGGGCCAUCGCCCUGCUGUGUCUGCUGGGCCUCACCUGGGCGUUCGGCCUCAUGUACAUCAACGAGAGCACGGUUAUCAUGGCCUACCUCUUCACCAUCUUCAACUCUCUGCAGGGCAUGUUCAUCUUCAUCUUUCACUGCAUCCUGCAGAAGAAGGUGCGGAAAGAGUACGGCAAGUGUUUGCGUACUCACUGUUGCAGCGGGAAGAGCGUGGAGACAUCCAUCUCCUCCUCCAAGACCACCACCUCGCGGACCCCCGGCCGCUACUCCACGGGCUCACAGGUGAGCUUACCUGCCUGCACGCCAGGACGCUACAGCACAGCAGACUCUCAGAGUCGUAUCAGGCGAAUGUGGAAUGACACUGUAAGGAAGCAAGAGUCCUCCUUCAUCACUGGAGACAUCAACAGCUCUGCCACGCUCAACAGAGGAGCCAUGGCUAAUCAUCUUAUAACUAAUGCUCUCCUUCGUCCCCAUGGUACUAACAACCCGUAUAACACUCUUCUGGGGGAUUCUGCAGUCUAUAACAACCCGGCCGUGGGCAUGUACAACACUCAAGCACCUUACCGCGACACAAAGGGAAUGUUGAACAAUGCCAGAGAUUCCAGCGUAAUGGAUACGCUGCCCCUCAAUGGUAACCAUGCCAACAACUACAGCAUGGCCAGCAGCGAGUACUUGAGCGACUGCGUCCAGAUCUUGGACCGCAGUGGCGGCUACGGCACUCACGGUAACCACAAAGAGACCACUUUGGAGAAGAAGAUUCUCAAGGAACUGACCUCCAAUUACAUCCCCUCCUACCUCAACAACCACGAGAGAGCCACCACGGAGCGCAAUCACAACCUGAUGAACAAGCUGGUGAACAACACUCUGGUCAACGGCGGGAGCCUGGCAGGAGGCAGCGGCAGCAGCAGCAGCAGCAGCGGGGUUGGUGGCUGUGUUGGCAGCGGUAAAGAAGACAAUGUCCCCAUGGUGCUGGAUAACCCCGUCACCUUCCCACAUGAAGAGAAUCUGAGUUUGGACAUCAUCAGAGAGGAGUCCAAUGCACCCCUCCUGCCGCCUCGGCCUCCUCCGCCGGACAGCCACCCUCCCCCUCCGCCGCCCCACAGCUUCGCACGCCAAAGGCGCAUUGUCCAGGAAACCAGUGAGAGCUUCUUCCCCCUGCUGACCAACGAGCACACCGACGAGCACACGCAGUCGCCCAACCACAGAGACUCGCUGUACACUAGCAUGCCAGUACUGACAGACCUGCCCGACGGUCAGGUGAACGGGCUAACGGACGGAGAGGAGGACGGCUCCGGGGAGCUGCAACCCUGUAAGAGCGCCACCGCCCCGGAGCUAGACGACGUGUAUUACAAGAGCAUGCCAAACCUCGGCUCCAGGAACCACCUUCACGAGCUGCAGAGCUACUACCACAUGGGCCGGGGCGGCAGCGACGGAUACAUGGUGUCCGGCAGCAAGGAGGAGUCGGAUUCCUCCCCCGAGGAGCCUCCUGUAGACCCGUCCCACCUGGUGACCAGUCUAUAGAGCAGAGACUUGCGCCCUUCCCUCUCACGCUUCUGAUCUUUCAAUGAGAUAACUCUGUGUGGUCGACUGCCAGACUGAGCUGAUCCACCCCUCGAUUAACGUACUCUAUGGUUUGUGUCAACAUGGUCGAGAUUUGUCUCGACAAAAAAUAAAUAAAAAAAUAAAUAAAAAAAGCGGGGACUGAAUGUAUCGUCAGACAGGAAGGAGGCUGCGGAUGGACACUUGUGAAUAUCAAACAGGAAGGAACUUAAACAGAAGGAGGAGGGCGUCUGUCAUUUACCUAACCUGUGGAAGUCGAUUUGUAAUUUUCAAGUGAGUACCACAACAUGGACCUCAAGCAGAUCCCCCCUCUCCCCCGACACCUGCAGGACUGUCCACCAGUCUGUCUUUGUGUCAAGAUGUCUUGCACCUUGAAGAACAGUGGCUAAAAAAAAGACGUUCUCCACGAAUGGCCAGCCAAACUGAGGAUUUAUUUAUUGCCCUCACUCCCACUUCCAAAACUGAAGAGACACGGAAACAAUAACCAUGUUGGAUGCUGCGGAUUAUAUCCUGUUCAUAUCUGCUAAAAUGGACUGUGGUCUGAUGUGACUUUCCCGCAAGUUAUAGUGGUUGAAGAUACGCCGUACUUCUCUGCAAACAUCAACAUGCGAGACGCUUGGUGGGUGAAAAAAGAGUCGUGUGUCUUUUUUCUCCUUUCCCCUUGUACAAGUUUUCAGAAAUCAGUGAAGGAACCACAAACCAUUUUUAUGUAUUGUACAGAAUUCAAAUGUUGCAUAUGACCUUAUGAGUCUUAUUUUUUAAUAUUUGAUUUAAAUAUAUUUGUCUGUGGAAUUGUUCGGGACUGGACAUGAGCGGUUCUGGUCACUCGUGGACAACGGGACGAGCAAAGAACAAUCUUUCAUAUCAUUUUCAUGAAUUAUGGAUACAGUGGAAGCACUUGUUCAUUAAUAGGCAUUUAACCUGAGCACAUUUCUCUCCGCUCCUUUUUCUAGCAACAUCACUGUCACUUAUGUAUUACGAUUCAACUGUUACAAUAUACUUUAUCACGAUGUUGUUCUGAACUAGAGGAAUAAAGCAGGCGGAAAAAGAAUUGUUACCAUUUGAGUCGUAGCUGGAAUUGGGUUCGGUUAAAAUAAAAUACAAUUUAAAAAAAGGAACUAUAUAUAGAAGAUAUGUGUGGUUGGAGGUGUAUAUUGUCAUUUUAUUCCUAUGAUUUGACCACACCAUCCGGUUAAGAUCAAAUUCUGAACGCCAAAAAGCAGACUGAUUUGGUAGAGCCUAAAAAGGUUUUUUUAUCCCUUUAAAUGCCAUGAAGUUACACUAUAUUUGUGUAUGGACGAUGCUACAACUGCACAAAGCGACACUGUCUCAUGUGGAGGGCUAAUGUUUACUUCUGUAGAAGGGAAAUAUCAUAGCUGUAUGAAGUUUAGCUUUCACAUGUUUCCCAUCUUCCCCUGCAACGUUCCGAAGAGAGAGAUUAUUUAUUUAUCUGUUUAUUGGUUUUUCAAUAGAAAAACUAGCUUGCAGAAGAAAAAAAAAGCAGAUUUUAGGCAAGAGUUACUAAAGUGGCACUGGUUUUAUUUUUCUGUUGUUAUUAAAUUAUUAUGACCAUGAUUAUAAUUACAUAUUGCUAAUUAUUUAUUCUUUUGUAUGGGUUCCAAGUUGAAUGAUCUCAUAACUAAUAUUUGUUGUAACAGUGAAAGUUGUUUGCCAACAAAUAAAUUACUGACAUAGA